AAUUCUUGUGUAAUAGGAAGAUUUCCAGGAUUGAGGCGAUCUCUGGGAAAAGUGUUUCUGCAUGUUGGAGUUUAGAGGACCUCUUCUUCUCUGGUUCUCAGGCAGACUGUCGGAGGUAUGUUUGUUUGGCCUGGCAUAGACUGACUGAAUUCAGAGUUAUAUUUUUUUGGGAAAUAAGCUGUUGUGUUUUUUUUUUUUUACUCUGAUUUGCUGCUGCUGCUUGUCUACGCAGUUAGUCCAAAUAGCACCAAAUCUGCAGGGCUAGGAAAGGCCGAGGGAUCGUUUAGGAGAACAUUUUAAUGGGUUGUGCAUUCCUUAGAGUAGACAACUUUCACUCCUCCUUAGUGGCGGGGAUCAUAUGUCCGACUCUUUCACAGGCCUUGUCACCCGCUCAUGGCAUGACUCAUUCUGGUGACGCGGGUGCUCCCAAGUUCUCCCAAAAGGGGUGUAAGGUUUUUGUGAGAUAGUAGACAUAGUUGAUUGUAUCUCCUCGCCCCCUGCCAACCCCCUAUGUGGCUAUCCAGUUUAGUCCGAAACGCUGUGUUGAAAGCAAGCUUUCCAAGUCGCAGAAGAGUGCUGAGGCCUGCUCAAAGAUCCAGAUUUGUGAGAGACCUCUCAUUAACAACUGGACCUGCCCCUCAUCUCAGCCUAAUGGAUCCCACUUAUGCUGUCAUCGCCAUGCCAACCAGCUGUCAACUCCAGUGCAUCGAGGCUUUUGUGCUUCAACCGCGUCUCGCUGAUGUGUCCCAGUCUGCAACCAGUCUCCACCUCAAAGUAAAAGCCUCUCUUCUUUUGUGAGAUCAUUUUAUUGGGAGGGGUAGGGGGGGGGGGACAGCCACUGACACCUUAUUGUAAAGACUGAAUACAUUAAGAUAAGGGGACACCUGAGUCCAGCUCAAAUAAAAGGCCUUUUUAUAAGAGCGAGACAGGCCACGGAAGAAAUCUGUUGGCAGCUGACUUCAGACGAUUAAGCAGGCAAAAAAGGAAAACCCAAGAUCAGCAAGCUUUUUGCUCCGCAGAGCAAAAAGUCAAUAAUCCACAAGACAAAGACCGGCACCUGUUAUCUAUCAGACAAUCAGGGCGGUUAUGACGUAGCAGCCUUGCACGAUACAGAUUAACACUCACAAUAUAAACACAAUAUAUGAUAAUCUCUGCUUUGAAAUCCUGUGACACGCAAUUUCCUUCUUUCAUGACUUUCAAAUGAAUAUACUCGAGGAGAGGAGAGUUUUUGUUUGCCGGUGAAUUUAGGUCAUCUUCACGCUGACUAAGUCACAUAACGACGGACAUACUAUUCAGUAACCAAGAUUAGAAGCUUUUCUGAGACGAUGACUGUAUUUGCCUCCCAGUUGCUUCUGGGUUCAAGGUUUUUAAGGUGUGACUGGCUUUGUGUUUUACAGUCACUGAUCUGGACAUCAGCAGGGAGCAAGGAUACAAAACAAUGCAGUGGUAAUCUAAUCCGAGCAGCAGAUGACUCUGAGUAAUCCGAUGGAUCCACCUACUUAAAAAUAGGAAAAACCUGAAGAGUAGCACGACUAGAAAAUCACCAAUGUUUCCCACACCUUAAAUCCAGACAUGACGGGGUUAUGUUGUAACUGAGACUUACAUAAGACGCAACGUGUAGGUCAAAAAUAACAUAAUCUUACAUUGUUCCUCUGAGGUUUGUUGAUACCUCCUACAUACAAACACAAUCCAUGUUCCUCCAUCAUUGGCUGGUCCUAAAACAGAGUACAUCUUGUCUAUUUACAAGAGAGUAAUGAUACACAAAUCUCUCUACAAGGAGUGGUGCUGAAGAGGAGGGGACGCAGAGAGGGGACGAGAGUUCAUGGAGGCAGAAUCGCAUUCCUGUCAGCCUCAUCCCUGCCGCUGACCUUCCUGUGUGUGUGUACCGGGGAUUAGGCCUGUGGGCUGGGCUGGUGGUCUUCUCUGGCUAUUUUUACAGAGAUGCCCGCCCCCCUUGAUCCUUUUGGUAAACUGAUAUGAGCACAUGUUCAAAUGUAAUUAAUUGACCGUCAGUGAAAGAUGAAUAACAGCAGAGGUGUUUUUUUUUUCUCAAUUAGGUAGAGAGAGAGGGGAUUUGAACCGUUAAGACAUUCAUGAAGAUCAAAAAACACCCAUGGAUAUCACUUCAAUUAAAAGGCCACCUUUUGCACUUUUAUGCCUUGAAAAUCCUGGAAAUGAACAGUUGUCAUGUACUCUAGCUCUUUUUAAGACCUGCUAACUGGCGUCCAUAACGAUACGAUAAGAUAUGAUACGAUACGUUACCAUACAAUACGAUACCAUACCAUACGAUACCAUACCAUACAAUACGAUCCAAUACAAUAAAUUACCAUACCAUACAAUGCAAUAUGAUACGAUACCAUACAAUAUGAUACCAUAUGAUAUCAUACAAUACGAUACGACACAAUACGAUACAAUACGAUACCAUUCAAUACGAUAUUAUAUGAUACAAUACAAAACGAUACAAUAUGAUACCAUACCAUGCAAUACAAUACGAUACAAUACCAUACGAUAAUAUAUGAUACCAUACCAAACGAUACCAUAUGAUAUCACACAAUACGAUACAAUGUGAUAUGAUACAAUGCAAUAAAAUACCAUACAAUACAACAUGAUAUAGGAUGCACUGCAUGGAUACUAUACCAUACAAUACGAUCCAAUACAAUAUGUUACCAUACCAUACAAUGCAAUAUGAUACGAUACCAUACAAUAUGAUACCGUAUGAUAUCAUACAAUACGAUACGAUACAAUAUGAUACGAUACAAUACGAUAGGAUACCAUACAAUACGAUACCAUACAAUACGAUACAAGAUGAUACCAUACCAUGCAAUACAAUACAAUACAAUACCAUUCGAUACUAUAUGAUACCAUACCAAACGAUACCAUAUAAUAUCAUACAAUACGAUACAAUACGAUGUGGUAUGAUACAAUGCAAUAAAACACCAUACAAUACAACAUGAUAUAGAGAUGCACUGCAUGGGUGCUAUAAAUAUAAAAGCUGUUUCAACAAUCUAUGCUUCUACUCAAAGAAGUGAUAUGAAACAGUAGUAUUACAUAGGUAUGCAUGGUAUUGCUGAAAUCCAAUCUGCAGAUAGUUUCAAACUCAUCUUGGUCGAUAGUGACAGUGAUACCAAUUCAAGAACAUUAUUAGCCUGCAGAAGCUCACAUCUUCCACCACCCACUGAAGGCUGGUUAUUGAAAACCCACUGAUUUCUUUACCUAACGUUAGCAGGAUACUUCAAGUGUGUUUUAAUGAGCUUAUAAGAGGGCUGCUUUCAGCUGAACUGUCACCAUCAAACUACCAUUCCUCCUCCUCCUCCUGCUUUAUUUUGCGGUGGAUGUCUUGCACAUCCACAGGCUCACAGCUUCCCCUUUCUGAAGUGCUGCCAAGGCGUUCUCGAUAUCUACCGAGAGGUCCUGGCAUUAUAGUACAGUACCUGGCAGCCACAAAGCUGCUGGCAACUACCUCUCUCAUAAGCCAUCUGCAACUGCUUGUGUGUGUAGCAGGCACUGACAAAGGCCACGAGUGUGUCCAGGAACGUCAGAGCAUCCAAAUAGCUCACUAUGUGUGCUGGGAUACUGAUACCAAGCUACACUUAAGGGCGGAAAAAUAAACAAUUUUAAUCUUUCCACUCUCAGAUCUCAUCAGUGGUGUGUGUUUACAUGAUAUUGAUCAAAAGUAUGGCUGUUGGCACUGUUUGUUAUUGAGGCAUUACAGAACAAUAAUCAUCUUAUGAGUCCUAAAACUACUCUUCUUUUUGUUUUUAUGUCUCCCCACGAUAAGAUUAUUACAAUUAAACCAUUUCUGAGGCUCAAAGAUCUCUGCACCAUCAGCUCCCUUAAAAGGUGUAGUAUGAUGCACUCGAGCAUGGCCAUUCUCCCUGGAGAUUAUCACUAAUAAGAGGGCCAGUAUUUAUAGAAGAUCCCCCCUCAGUGGAUACCCCUAAUCCUGCCUCACCCCUUUUCAUCCCUGCCCCAUCCCUGAGCCAGGACCGCUCGCUCUCUACAGAUUCAGCCCCCAGUUCAGCCUCUCAACUUGACAGCUGAGGUAGACUCUACUUACAGAAAGCUCUUCUUCUUUCAGAUUCCUCUGAAAAGGGGGAAAAAUUUGUUUGGCAAAGAUUUCUUGGACUAUUCAAGGCUAUUUUCCAUCAUUCCUACAGUUCUUGAUUGUCCAAUUUUCCUCCUCCUGCUCUGUUUGACCCGCAGCUAAGAAAAGCAAACAAUAAUGUCAACCAGCGAGCGUUUCGACUGCCAUUACUGCAAAGACUCCCUGUUGGGGAAGAAGUACAUCAUGAAAGAAGACACGCAGUACUGCACUAAGUGCUAUGAGAACCUGUUCGCCAACUGCUGCGAGGGCUGCUCUUUGGCAAUUGGAUGCAACAGCAAGGUAAGGAAGCCCCAUUUUUACCCUUAAAAUAUACAUAUCAUGUUAGUAAUGUGUCAAGUAAGAUUGUAAAGUAAAGUGAGAGUUUAACUGUUAAAGAUUACCUGUUACUUCAAGUGUGGCUGUAACAUUUUAGGUCUUUUACACUUAUAACAAAUCAAAAAGUUUGAUCAAUGCUGUGUUGAACAUCUAUAGGACCUGUCCUACAAGGAUCGUCAUUGGCACGACCAGUGUUUCAAGUGCGCUAAGUGCAGCCGCUCUCUGGUGGAAAAGGCCUUUGCAGCCAAGGAUGAUCUGUUGCUCUGCACCGAAUGCUAUGCUAAUGAUUAUUCAUCUAAGUGUGCCACCUGCAAGAAGACCGUCAUGCCAGGUAUAAUUGAUGACAACAAUAACCAUGUAUAGGCUUUGACCAUCUGAGCUAAAAUAUAUAUCACAGCCACAUUUGUCUUCCAGACAUUACAUCUAAAAAGAAAACAGUUUUUUUUAAAUGUACCAGAAAUAAGACAGAUUUUUGGAUGUGCAUUUUCAAGCCAACACUGACCAGAUGUUAUUCGGGUUCUUAGAGAAGAAGAAAUUUGAAGAUAUGAUGUGACUGAACAUGGAUGAACUCCAGUAAAACAGUCAAAAUCUCAGCUUUUGUGCUUGGCAUAAAAGUAGACAGUAUUGUCUUGUGAUAUGUUAGGAAAUAAACUUAUUUGGUACUUCGUUUUUCUUUUUUUUAAAUGAACCUAUUUAAAUCCUUGGACUUCACAAUCAGCAGUAGUUAGCCCAGCCUGGGACAACAAGCACAGACAGAUGAAACCAGCUCGCUUGGCUGUGACAUAAAGUUAUGAUAAAAUCUGCUUAUAGGAACUCUAAAAUUCAGAAUUUAUAAUCUACAUUCUGCUUUUUUGUAUUGAACAGGCUGUCAUGUUAGAAAUGCUAAAAAGUCAAACCUUGUUUUUAACUAAUUUAUGAACGACAAGCUCAUCUAAGGCAACUUGACAAACUAUGUUUGGUUGUUGAUUACACUUCUUACACAAAUGGUUAUAGUAGUUUCUCACAUUUUUUAGAGCUAUAAUCAUUUAUAGUUGAUAUAUAGAUGUUUAUUUGUUGCCCUUUUUUGUCCUUUUGGGUACACCAUAGUUAAGCUAUACUGCAGUGACUCCUCUGAUGGGAAUUAUUUGCAUUUUUGCAUGGAUCACUUCUCUUUCAAAACUCUCAUCUGGAUUAGUGGACAAAUCAAAAGUACUGCAACGAGUUUUUGAGCCUCUAAGCAUGGGGCGCUUAGGCUAUCAGCACCCCCAAUAAGAAGUUCUCACAUUAUGCAACCAUUGAGUUACUCCUCUGGAGCUUUUAAUCACACCAAAGGAUUUCCUCCAUCCUCAGAUCUAGCUGGUCUGGUUGUCAUGGAGAUAUCAUUCUGGGCGCUCCGAUACCUCUGUGUGUUUGGUUCAAGGUCUCUAUGAUAUAGAAGUUUAGUUUCAACAUUUGGUGCAUCUGCCGAGUGCAGCUUUGUAACACAAUACAAAGUCAGCUCAAUGAACCCUAUGACAAAAUGAAAACUUUGUCUGGUACAACUGUGUAAAGACAAGGUAAGUCUUAAAUAAUGUACUGUAUGUGAAAUAAUACUAAAUUAUAAACGUUAAAAUGUACACAUUUAAAAGAGCAGACAACAGUGCAGCUUUAUCUUCUCUCAAUUUUCUUUCCUAGAUGAUUAAGACUGCUUAGUCCUCUCCCUACAGAUCAGCCAGGACUAUUUUAGGCUGCAGUGUGUUUCUGUCAUAGAGGUACCAUAUGCUGACUAAGCUGCUCUCCUCCCUCUGUGCCAGGUUCCCGCAAAAUGGAAUACAAGGGGAACAGCUGGCAUGAGACCUGCUUCCUGUGCCACCGCUGCCAGCAGCCAAUAGGAACCAAGUCCUUCAUCCCUAAAGACACUGGCUACUUCUGUGUGCCCUGCUUUGAGAAGCAGUUUGCCUACCAGUGCUGCGCUUGUAAGAAGGUACAGUUAAUGCCAAGUGCUGUUUUUCAAAUGCUACAGCACAGUCAAUCCCCCUGACUCUAACACUUUAAUCUACUUGUGCAUAAAAAUAUAAAGAACGCACUGUGUGGUUUCUUUGUGGUACCAUCAGGCUAUCACAACAGGUGGAGUGACCUACCAAGACAAGCCCUGGCACCGUGAGUGUUUCCUUUGCAUCGGCUGCAGAAAGCAGCUGUCAGGUCAGCGCUUUACCUCCAGGGAGGACUACCCAUACUGCCUUGAGUGCUUCAGCAACCUGUACGCAAAGAAGUGUGUGGGCUGCACCAAGGCGAUCACAAGUGAGUCACGAUUCCAUGCACCCUGAUCCACAUAAGGUGAGGAUCCUCCAUCAUGCAGCGUUUUAUAUCAAAGCAUGGGUCUCUGUUUGGUGUGUGCAGGUCUGGCAGGAGCCAAAUACAUCUCUUUUGAGGAGCGCCAGUGGCACAGCGAGUGCUUCACCUGCAUGCAGUGCUCCGUGUCUCUGGUGGGACGCGGCUUUCUCACCCAGCGCGACAACAUCUUGUGCACCGACUGCGGCAGGGAGAAGUGAUCUUUCCACGGAGGAGGUCACAGUGACACCAGGAGGCUCUUACUCUUACAAAGAUAUGCAUUACUCAGUCACAUUUCGACACAGCAUGCCUGCUACAUAGAGAAACCCUGAAUGUAAAGUGCUUCUUGUUUUUUAAAAAGGAACUUCAGUGUGAACAUAUUGCACACACUCACAUGAAACAGAUAUGUUUCAUUAAGAUACACAAGCUGAACCAAAUUUUCCUGCUUUCUAACGCAUGUUUACUUGCUUAUUUGAAUGUAAUAUCCACAUUUUUCCACCUUAUAUGCUUUCAUUCCUUACAAGAAAUAAUAUUAGGAACAUGUUAAGGCUCGGGUGGGUUAUUUUUUUUUUUGUUGGCUGACAGAAAACUGUUAUUUGUUUCAUGAAAGUGCUCAUAGAUUUUGUCACUUUAAAGCAAAAUCCCAGUUUUGUCUUCCACUGUCAUUAUUUGUCUCUCAUGACACUAAACUGAAUAUUUGGGGAUUUACUGACUGUUAUACAGAUAACGUUUUGGACAUGAGGAAACUAUUAGUCUGAGUGGCAUUAGUAGUUUCGCCCUUUUCUGGUAUUUUAUGGACAAAUACUUUUGUGAAUGAAUAAAGAAAAUAAUCAGCAGUUUAAUUGUUGAUUUAAAAAGGUUUC